AUGCUCGCACGUGCCGUCGCGUCCCUCGCGAGGCGAGCCCACCACAGCUCGGCCGCCCCCGCGCAGCGCAUCGCUGAACUCGUCGCCCGACUGCGCGAUCACGAAGAUAGGGAGGCGGUCGUGUUCCCCGCGGCGGAACGGAACGUCUUCGGGGACAUCAAGCCCGAAGUGCGUUGGAGCUACGGGGAGCUCAUCGAUCGGGCCAAGGUCUUCGCCGCCGGGCUGAGGGACAUGGGAUACGGACCGGGGCAGAGGCUCGGGGUCAAGAUGUACAACUCUCCCGAGCUUGUCGUCGCCAUGGUGGGAUCCGCGCUGGCGGGUAACGACGUGGAGACGGCCAAGACCGCGGAUGACCUGCUCGAGGUGCAGUGCAGGGGCACCUUGGUGGAGGUUGACGACGCGGAGAUCGCGGGAGGGAUGAUCGGGCAGCACGAGCCCAUCGUCGUGGGCGGGGGCGAAAUCUCCGACCCGAUCGUCCACUGGCAGGUGAUGAUGGAGGCCUUCAAGGGCCAGUCCCCGCCGGAUCUGCCCGCGGACCAACCCGGCGCGGGGUACUACUUCUCCUCCCCGACCAGGGUGGCCACCGAGCAAUCGCUGGUGAAGAACGGCGCGGCCGCGGCGGAGGCUCUGAAGAUGACGAAAGACGACAGGGUGUGCGUCGCCGUGCCCUUGACGCACAACAUGGGCUUUGGCUUCGGUCUGAUGGCGGCGUGGCACGUGGGCGCGUGCGCGGUGAUGCCCAUGCUCAAGCCCGUGGACACGAGGCUGACGGACGAGGAGCACGGGCGGAACAGGGCUAUGAACGUCGUGACGACGCUGCUGGACGAAAAGUGCUCGCUGGCGGUGGCCGACUCGCACGUGCUCAAGUCGCUGCCCGUGUUUGGGUACGGCAAGCUUCCCGCGGGGAUGGAGGCGCUGAGGGGUGGGCUGACGAAGGUUGGGAGCGGCGACGCGCUCGGGCUCGGGGAACCGAAGCUGUGGUGCGAAGUACCCUUCACGACAGUCGGCGGGAAGCCCAAGUAG